AUGACGACGGCGCGGGUGAGAGUGAGUGGUCCGCCGAAUAGCAACUUCCUGGUUGGAUAUCCAGGCAUCUCGGCCACAUUGCCGCGAAUAGAAGGCAAAGUCGAAAUCCGCCCCGCCCUAGGUCACAGCGCUCCCUUCCAUAUCUCCUACGUCUCCAUAGGCCUCUACCGCCGCGAAACUGUCCACCCGCACGCCGAUACCAAAAUCGUAAACCACCUCGCUGCUCCUCGCAAAGAAUGGACCGACCUUGUUGGCAAAGAGCUCAUGCUCUACCGGUGUCACCCUGGCGUUUCACACGAAGAAAUACUGUACAUGGAUCUACCUUUCGUCCUAUUCAUCCCCUUCAACAGACCUGGUUACGAUGCUGUACGAUUACCACCUGCGACGAUAUCACUUCCCAGCCGGACCUUAGAAACAUUCUAUGAGCUUGUCGUAUCUUUACAUCAAGGAAAUCAGAAUAAUAGCGAGAUGAAGCGGUUCGCGUUCCCUGUACCCCUCUGCAGGUAUGACAGUCUAUCGACAUUCGGAAUGUACAACGUACAGGAAGUACAAGAGAAAACAACAGACCACCUCGUAAAUCUCGGUAUCAAACUUCCACGAUGGAGUUACGGCCCCGGCGAUACAGUGCAGAUUAAUAUUUAUGUCUCCCCAAAUCCGGACUGGUCGAAAGCGAAGCGAGUAUCGAUUCGAAAUAUUUCGGUGGUGAUUGAAGAGGCUAUCACGUUUAAUCCGGAGGGCGACGAACCGAAGACCGUGAUCAAUAAGAUACAGCGACAGACGCUGAAUGUACAACGAAAAUUACCGGCUGAGGGGUUUCAGACACAUUGUGCGCUGUUAUUCCCGAGAAAGGAGGCGAGAGAUAAUGAUGGGUGUCUACCACGACAAAAGCAAGGGUUUCCAUUAUACCAUGUUUCCGGGUUCACGACUACGGCGUACCUUUAUAAGAUUGAAUAUUUUUUGACUGUCAAGGCGACAUUUAGUGCAGCGAGAGAUAUCACAUUAAGACAGAGGAUAGUGGUUUGUCCACUGGACCAUGAAAGCUGCAAAGAAGAGAUGGAUGCGAUAGAACAGGCGGCGAAUGAUGCGAAAUACGUGAACCCAGAUAACCCGAUGCUGCCCUCGCCGGUGAUUAUCAGACCGAAGGACCGAAAUGCAUUACAUAAGCUGGGGAUGACUUAUGUGGGGACGGAUAGGAAGCUGUUGAUUGAGUAG